AUGGGGACCGCGGCAGAAGGGGGUGGCCCGCAGGCGCUGCGGGUCCUCACCGGGUGCCUCCUGGGCGCCCUGGUGCUGAGCACGCUGGUGGGCAACGCACUGGUGUGCUUGGCCGUGCUGCGCUUCCGACACCUGCGUGCCAAGGUCACCAACUGGUUCGUGCUGUCGCUGGCCGUUUCGGACCUCUGCGUGGCCCUCCUGGUAAUGCCCUGGAAGGCAGUCACUGAAGUGGCUGACGGCUCCUGGCUCUUUGGCAGCCGCUUUUGCGACACCUGGGUGGCCUUCGACAUCAUGUGCUCCACUGCCUCCAUCCUCCAUCUCUGCAUCAUCAGCCUGGACAGGUACUGGGCCAUUGCCAGUCCCUUUCGCUAUGAGCGCAGGAUGACACAGGGCCUUGCAUGUGCCAUGAUAGCCACUGCUUGGGCUCUCUCCAUCCUCAUCUCCUUCAUUCCAGUGCAGCUACACUGGCAUAAAGCCAAGGAGGGAAGUUAUCCAGGCUCCUGGCUGCCUGGGACACCCCGCUGUGAUGUCAGCCUGAAUCGUACUUAUGCCAUCACCUCUUCACUUAUCAGCUUCUACAUUCCUGUGGCCAUCAUGAUCAUCACCUAUACCAGGAUCUAUCGAAUUGCCCAGGCCCAGAUCCGCCGUAUCUCUACCCUUGAGCGAGCAGGGGGGCAGUGGCCAGCUCACGGCAAGGAGCCAACCUCCUCUCUGCGGAGUUCCCUGCGCAAGGAGACCAAGGUGCUGCAGACCGUCUCGAUCAUAAUGGGAGUCUUCGUUUGCUGCUGGCUGCCCUUCUUCCUGCUCAAUUGCCUGCUGCCUUUUUGCCAGCCUGAGCUCAAGAGAGGCUAUGAAGGACAGUUACCCUGUGUUGGCCAAACCACCUUCAAUGUCUUUGUGUGGUUUGGCUGGGCCAACUCCUCAGUGAACCCAGUGAUCUAUGCUUUCAAUGCAGACUUCAGGCGGGCUUUCAGCAAUCUCCUAGGCUGCCGGUGCUCCUGCUGUGGCACACCUGGAUCCACUGUGGAGAGGGUCAACUUCAGCAAUGAGCUGGUUUCCUAUCACCAUGACACCACCUACCAGAAGGGAGGACCUGCCUCACCAUCAGUACCCCCUCCUGCCAUCGCUGCCUGGGUGCAGCCCACACCCCAUGCCAUAAGCCUUCAGGGAGAGGACAGCAGUGAGGAGCUGUCUAUGGAGAAGGGGCCUGUGACCUCCCAGUCACAGGCUGCCCCUGGCAGCAGCCCCAAGAGUUGUCAGGUGCCAGCUGUUUUGCAGUUAGAUUGCAAAGCAGAGCUAUCUCUGGAAACUAUUACCCACUGUACAGGGUUUGGUCGGUGUGAGGGACCCCAUCACUCUUUUCCAGAGGGAUAA